CGGGAGCAGGCCGGCCAUGGCGGUGUGGACGCGGGCUACCAAAGCGGGGCUGGUGGAGCUCCUUCUAAGGGAGCGCUGGGUGCGGGUGGUGGCUGAACUCAGCGGCGAGAGCCUGAGCUUGACGGGCGACGCCGCGGCGGUGGAGCCCGAGCCGCCGGCUGCCGCCUUCAACGGUCUCCCGAACGGCGGCGGCGGCGACUCGCUGCCCGGGAGCCCGAACCGCGGCCUGGGGCCGCCCAGCCCUCCCGCACCGCCCCGCGACCCCGCUGGGGAGGCGGGUGCCUCGCCGCCCGUGCGCCGAGUGCGAGUGGUGAAGCAGGAGGCGGGCGGCCUGGGCAUCAGCAUCAAGGGCGGCCGCGAGAACCGGAUGCCGAUCCUCAUCUCCAAGAUCUUCCCGGGGCUGGCGGCCGACCAGAGCCGGGCGCUGCGGCUGGGCGACGCCAUCCUGUCGGUGAACGGCACCGACCUGCGCCAGGCCACCCACGACCAGGCCGUGCAGGCGCUGAAGCGCGCGGGCAAGGAGGUGCUGCUGGAGGUCAAGUUCAUCCGAGAAGUAACACCAUAUAUCAAGAAGCCAUCUUUAGUAUCAGAUCUGCCGUGGGAAGGUGCUGCUCCCCAGUCACCAAACUUCAGUGGCAGUGAAGACUCUGGUUCUCCAAAACAUCAGAACAGCACCAAGGACAGGAAGGUCAUCCCUCUCAAAAUGUGCUUUGCUGCUAGAAACCUAAGCAUGCCAGAUCUGGAGAACAGAUUGAUAGAGCUACAUUCUCCUGAUAGCAGGAACACCUUGAUCCUACGCUGCAAAGAUACAGCCACAGCACACUCCUGGUUCGUAGCUAUCCACACCAACAUAAUGGCUCUCCUCCCACAGGUAUUGGCUGAACUCAAUGCCAUGCUUGGUGCAACCAGUACAGCAGGAGGCAGCAAGGAAGUCAAGCAUAUUGCCUGGCUGGCAGAACAGGCAAAACUAGAUGGUGGAAGACAGCAAUGGAGGCCUGUUCUUAUGGCUGUGACCGAGAAGGAUUUGCUGCUUUAUGAUUGUAUGCCAUGGACAAGAGAUGCCUGGGCAUCGCCAUGUCAUAGCUACCCUCUUGUUGCCACAAGGUUGGUUCAUUCGGGUUCUGGAUGUCGGUCACCCUCCCUUGGAUCUGACCUUACAUUUGCUACAAGGACGGGCUCUCGGCAGGGCAUUGAGAUGCAUCUCUUCAGGGUUGAAACACACCGGGAUUUGUCGACCUGGACCAGAAUACUUGUUCAGGGUUGUCAUGCUGCUGCUGAGCUGGUCAAGGAACUCUCGCUAGGCUGUACCUUAAGUGGCCAAGAGGUAAGAUUCACCAUCCACUAUGACCAUGGGUUCACUAUCUCCAGAGACAAUGGAGGCUCGAGCAGCAUAUUGUACCGUUAUCCUUUUGAACGGCUGAAGAUGUCUGCUGAUGAUGGAAUCAGAAAUCUCUAUCUAGAUUUUGGUGGUCCUGAGGGAGAACUGACUGUGGACCUGCAUUCUUGUCCAAAGCCGAUUGUAUUUGUGUUGCACACAUUCUUAUCUGCCAAAGUUACUCGAAUGGGACUGCUUGUAUGAGCAGCAAGAGUCAAGAGAGAGCUUUGACUGUCACAAAAAGUAUUUACACCUCAAAAACAUGAAAAUUUUAAAAAAGCAACAACAACAAGAAGCACAAAAAGAAACCCUUGCUCUCCUCCAUCAUAGUGCCUUCCCAAGGACCUGCAGAUUGCUGCUGAACCAACAGGGUUUCAAGAUGGGCUGACCUUACCCACACAACCUUGGUCAGAAAUUCUAGAACUAUAGUGAGCUCCAAAUUGAAGUUGUGAUUUAUAGUCUUAUUUUAUAAUGUGAUCUCCAAUUAUGUUUAUUUCCCAUGAUGAAAGCUAGCUCUUUCGGUUUCUCUUUGGAUAUAAACAAAUAGCCAAAAGAAGUUCUCUUUUUCUUCCUGUAGGAUUUG